AUGAGAAACCCCGCCUUGCCCUGGCUACUAGUUGUUCAGGCUCAAGUCAUCACGGUGGCUCAGGACGCUGGCAAGUACGUCUACGAGAACGGAGACUUCACUAUGACUUACUAUGUGUACGAGGACCACAAACUCGAUUUUGCCUUCACGCUGAGUGGCGAACCCGAAACAAGGCGUCCCAGUAGCCAGUCUGUGAUUUACUCGUUCAGUCCCGGUGCUUGCUACGUCGCGUGGCCGUUCCCGUUAGCGGAGAAGGCGAGCUCUGUGUACAUCCUCCAGGACGAGCAUUCUCUGGGCUUUGAUGACUGGUACAACAGAAUCAAGUUCUUGCUAGCACACGCUCACCUUGUUGAGCCCGAAGACCUCAACCCUCUGGCGGAGAUCCAGCCUGGGGACUUGGUUACCUUGACCUACCACGGCAAGAACUCUAUCACCACGAGCUUCCGGAAGAGAGAGCUCAGGUUUAUGCGGGUGAUGUCUACCCUGCCGCCGGGUAAGUAUGUCUACAAGGGACCUCUCUUCAGUAUGACUUACGAUGUGAACAUGGAUCAUGAAGUUACAUUCUCGAUCUACGUGCCUAAGCCUCCGCAUCAUAGGGGUGAUAUACCGAAACCUGCUUCUAUUUCCCUUGGCCCGUACUUUCUACGAAGUGCUACUGGUUUCACUUACUAUCUCGACUUCGGGAAGCCUGGGCCCGGCGGGAAUCAUUGGCGUGUGGAGCUCGACCGCUUCCUCAGAAACACUGGCCUAAUGGAGUCUGACAAGGUCUACCCAUCUGAUCCUAGCCAAGAGUGGGAUCUUACAGUACUAACCUCUACAAGCACUAUCACGACCAACUUCCAAAAGAAAAGGAUCGAGUUCAAGAGGGUCGCACCCCACUAG